AUGCUAACAUCAGUACAUUUGAAAGUGAUUUCUAUAUUAUCAAUACUUAUUUGUAUUCUUUCCAUUGCUGGGUUAAUAACACUUAUAGUUAUUUGGCAUACUAAAUUAACACCAUUUAAAGAUUAUGCUGUUGUUGUUGAUGCUGGUUCAACACAUUCGAAAAUUUUUCUUUAUACAUGGCCUGCUGAUAAAUCCGAUGGACUUGGUUUAACAUCUCGAGUAACUCAAGUUAAAGCUUGUAGUGUACCUGGUGGACCUAUUACAUCAAUUAAAGAUCCAACAGAGAAUAAUGCUCAACAAUACUUUCAGUCAGCAAUGACAGAUUGUAUCAGUAAAAUACCAUCAACUCGUAAGAGGCGAGCAUAUAUUUUUCUUGGUGGAACAGCUGGUCUUCGUUUAUUUGACAUGAAAAAUUCAAGUUAUACUAAGAAUUUAUUAAAUAGUACACGUGCUUAUUUUAGUACUCUUGGUGUUCAUUUUAAAGCACCGGAAAAUCAAGUUCGAAUAAUUAGUGGUAGCGAAGAAGGUCUAUCUGGUUGGAUAUCAACAAAUAUUCUUAUGGGUAAAUUAUUAGAAAAUAAUCAACCAUUAGAAACAUAUGGUGUAUCAGAUAUGGGAGGUGCUAGUACACAAAUAAGUUUUAUUGCUCCAAAUGCUGCAAAUGAUAGUUUUAAUAUGAAUCUGUUUGAUACAGAAUAUGAUAUAUAUUCACAUUCAUAUUUAUGCUACGGAACUGAGCAACUACGUCUUCUUUAUCUUGGUCAACUUGUGAAUGAUGCAAAUGGGUCAUUGUUGAUCGAUGAACCAUGUUUACAAAUUGGUUAUAUCCAAAAUUUAACAUAUGAUGAUAUAUUUAAUACGCCUUGCAUUCAAAAUCAGUCUAUACCAUUACCAAGCCUUAAUGUAUCAUCAAUAUUUUCAUUCAUAGGAUCGGGGAAUUUUUCAGUAUGUUCUGAUACUGUACGAGAACGUUUAAAUAAAUCAGCUUGUACAUCGAAAGAUUGUAGUUUUAAUAAUGUCUAUCAACCAGUACCAAUUCCGCCAUCAAAUAAAUUUAUUGCAAUUUCAGCAUGGUACACAACAUUCAAUAAUUUAGCUCCAAAUGUUAGUUUAUCACCCAAUAAAGAUGGAAAUUUUGAUUUUAAUUCAGUUAAUUUUAAUCAAAUCAAAGCAGCUAUUGCUGCAAUAUGUAGUCAACCAUGGUCAGAUAUGUCUGAACCGGAUAAAUAUCGACCAUUUUUAUGUUUUAAUUCAAUGUAUCAUUGGACAUUACUUGAAUAUGGUUAUUCAAUGACAGAUGAAAAUUUAAAAAAUUUUCAUAUUGUAAAAUCAAUUAAUUCUAAUGAUAUUGGUUGGACAUUAGGUUAUAUGAUAAAUCAAACAAAUGCUAUAGAUCCUGAACUUCGACCUACACGUUUAAUUACUAAAAAUGAAUUUGGUGGUUUAUUAUUUUUAUGUCUAUUUUUUCUGAUUCUUAGUGCAAUUAUAACUAUUAUAGCAAUGAAAUAUUAUAAACGACGUCGAUAUUAUUAA